AUGGUGAAAUUGAUUUGGCUCUUGAAAAGGAUUCUAAUAACAAUAAUAAAUAAAUUCUUUUCAAAUGCAAAAUGCAAAAACUAACUGAACUUCAAAACAAAUGAGUUAGACUAAGCUGUAAUCUAUGCUCAAAAGUUAAUUAUAGAGUUCUUAAAAGAUUAAGUAUAAAUUUUAUUUAUAAAGCCACAUCUUAUUGAUGAAAUUGAAAAAGCUAUGUCCUUAUUGGCAUAAAAGACCUUUAGUUAAUGUCCUUUAAGUCAUUUAACAUAAAAUUCUUAAAGAAUCAAAGUAGCGUGUGAAGUCAAUUAAUAAUUAUUUUAAGACUCCUAAGGAAAUCAGCAAGCAAAAAUAAGAAUACUAAAUGAAAUAUUAUAAAGGGCUUAAGAAAUUUUGAAUUUUAAACUUCAAUAUCCUUCUAUAAUAGAAAUAUCUAAAGAGUAAUUCUUCAAAGAAUAAUGA